CUGCCCACCUUCCUACUUUUCAGUUCUUCCCACACUGCAUCACACCAUGUCCCUGCCAACAAGUCUCCCGCAGUCCCUAGAAGACAACGGCUCACGAAACCUCAGAAACCCCGGCCGUGAGGAUCAGCCCCCCGUCUCUGCCAAGGAAGUUUUUGCAGACAUUCUCCACGAACUGGCCCGUACACAGGGAUUCAAGGAGUUGGUCUAUACGAAUAUCGAACCCGAGCACGGUGCCUUAGUUUGCAGAUUCUUGGAGGACUGCAAGCACGUAGAAAAGUCAUCUUGCCGCCUAGGAUACAACACAUGCACACGUACUAUUCGGGUUGUCCUGAUGACAACGAAACUUCAUGAUGUCCAUCAACGCUGGGUCAUAAACGCUUCCGGACACUGGCUCGCAGAUGGUCUCCUAUCCGAGGAUGAGUACGACGAGCUGUCUAUUGGAGUGGGAACGACAUUCAGGGACUUCACUGGAAGAUAUAUAGGGUCAGUUAAGCAGCCAGAUCUGUAUAUGCGUGCCGGUGGCACCGCCCCCCCGGCUAUGAUUAUUGAAUCCGGAUGGGCCGAAAGUUUCCCCCUUUUGAGGGCCGAUAAGGAGUUAUGGAUGAUCGGAAAACCUCUCGUCGAAAUGGUGAUAUUACUGAAAUGGACGCGGCAGGCCCGAGGACGCGUCAAAGGAGAUAUCGAGGUGUGGAGGCGAGACGGGCGAGGGGGCCUAGAAGUGGAAGAGAAAGCGAUAUUUCCCGAGCCUAGCCAUCCCAAUGACCGUAUCGAAUUUACGAAGCAUCAGAUUUACAAGUCUUCUGCCACAAGAACGCAAAAUCCAACCCAAAUCCUCUCCCUGGACUUGAAUAAACUGAGAAAAAUGGCAGAAGAGGUUCUCGUUGACCAAGGGAAGAGGCCCGCAUAGGUUUGCGGCCCAUUCAUUCAUUCUUAGCUGUGUUGAUUAAAAGGAUGCGAGAUGGCUAUCGGAAAUGUGCUUGGCUUUAUCGGGGGAAAUGAAUGGAGUUGGGCGUUUGUAGUUCGCGAGAUGCUUCACUACUAAAGGCCCAAGCCUGCUCAACAUUCGUCAAUCCAACAGGCCUACGACCCUGUUUGCUUGCUGUAGGCUCUCGUCGUUGAAUUGUUGCCGGGGAUACAUACCCUAAUCCGACAAGUUUGUGACCUGAUGAUUGAGGAUGGUCUUAACCUGGCUAUGACCUUCAUUGCAG